AUGAGUAGAUCGAAUGUCGCACGUGAAUGUAGAAUUUGCUUCUCGGAUUAUGACUUGGAAUCGCAUCGUCCGUGUGUUGGACAAUGCGGACAUUCCAUUUGUGAAUAUUGCACAGAGCGCAUAGAGUAAGUUCAUAAUAUCAAUACUUUCUUGAUUUUUAAUAACAACUUACCAAAAAAAAAAAGAAUUUUCACACAUUGGGAAUAAAAUACGAGCACAAUUUUUAUUCAAAAAGCGGUUUGUCAAUUGAACAACAAAUUGUAAUGAAGAAAAAUCACUUUCCCGGGAGAUUUCAAUUGAUUUCCAUUUUUUUUCAUUUAUUUUUCAGAACAACCAAUUGUCCAAUUUGUAAUAGAAGAGAUGCGUUUAGAAAUAAAAUCAUAAAUUAUCAUUCUUUGGAAUGUUUAGAAGAAAUAAGACAAGAAGAUAGAAAAAAACAAGAAGAAGAAGAUGCAGAAUUAGCUAGAAUAGCUCACGAAUUAGAAAUGCAGUGUGAAGAAGAAAUGCGAAGAGAUUAUAAUAAACAGUAAGAUUUACCACCAAAAAAUAUCGAACAACAUUUUUUUAAUUUUUAGUCAUUACGAGCCACCAAUCACAGGACAAUUUGGGUUGAACAGGUAUGCACAGCAAGUUUUAUAGAAUAAUGCUUAGUUUAACUCUCACAGACAACGCAAUGCUUCAUCACCUUCAACGAGUUUGGAGAGCGGGUUAGUUGUUUUCAAUUUAUAUUUUAUAUAAAAAACAUCGAAAAGUUUACAGGUCUAAUUCAAGACAUCAUUCAACAUCUGCACAUCGUCAGUAAGUUUAUCUUUGAAAUUUAUCAAGGGCGAGGCUCAAUUGUUGCUAGUUUUAAGGUGCUCUCAAAAUUUCCACACCCUUCUAAAAUUUUCAAUUUCCCAAAAAAUCAAAUAAACAACAGUACCUCAACUAGGUAAUUAUUCCAAAGUAAUUAUUCCAACAACAAAAAACUUACAGAGUUUCUCCGAAAAUGAAUUGGUGUUCGCCAUAUCACAUGGAUCAUGAACAACUUCAAAAACGAAUUUUAUCGUUCAUUGUUGAAAAACAUGAUGACAACGAUAUCGUCUGCGAUUCCAUGUUUUAUCAAGAAUACCCUUAUAAACUGCCACAAUUAUUCAGUCUACAUUAUUUUGUAUCGAAUUAUUUAACUGGCAAAAUAAGAAUACUAAAAUCAAUUCGAGGCCAAAUAUACUAUGCUCCAUCUCAAAAGUAUUGA